AUGGUGAAAGAUAUGGCAAAUGCAUUUUCCUAUAUGCAUCAAGAUUGUUCUCCUUCAAUAGUUCAUCGAGACAUAUCUAGGAAAAGCAUUUUGUUAGAUUCCGAGUAUCAAGCUGGCAUCUCUAACUUUGGCACUGCAAGACUCACCAGCCUGAUUCAUCUAAUUGGACUACAUUUGCAGGAACUUAUGGAUAUGCUACUCCAGCCACGACUUCAGUUAUCAUCGGAGCAGCUUCAUGGCCUUCCAUUUUUGGAGCUACAGAUCUAUAAAUACUUGCAUAUGGCCGAUGAAGGCCGCCAGCUUCUCAGCAACCAGUUUCUCUUGGAGGAUUUUUUACUCUUCAUUUCUGGAAUACAUGCUGCAUCUCAUCAAAUGCAUGCAGUAUUCGGUAAUGGAAGUGAAGGGAGAGCCCUUUUAACAUGGAAAGCCAGUCUUGACAAUCAUAGCCAAUCUCAGUUGUCAUCCUGGUCGUCUUCUGCCAGUCCUUGCAGCAGUUGGAUUGGAAUUCGAUGCAACAAAGCUGGAAGAAUAUCGGCAAUUAACAUCACCAGUUCUGGCAUCAAAGGUACACUUGAUCAUCUAAAUUUCUCGUCUCUAGCCCAUCUAACCAGCAUUGAUCUUAUUGAUAAUGCACUCUAUGGGACCAUCCCAUCCAACAUUGGGAACCUUUCCAGGCUAACAUUUCUUCGCUUGGAGUCAAAUCAUUUCUUUGGUGUUAUCCCAGUGCAAAUCAGCCAACUAACCCAUCUUAGGUUCUUGUACCUUUACAAUAACUCAUUCCAUGGCUCCAUCCCUGAAGAACUUAUGUCUCUCAGGUCUCUUGUUGAACUCGAUCUGGUACAGAAUGAGUUUACAGGAUCAAUCCCGACGGCUGUGGAAAAUUUAACCAACCUAAACCUUCUAGCCCUACGCGUCAACAAACUUUCAGGACGUAUUCCUGUGGGGAUUGGAAACUUGACAAAACUCAAUCAAUUAUCUCUUGAAACUAACCAGCUAUCAGGUUCCAUUCCAGAAGAAAUUCUGAAACUCGGGUCUCUCAGUGUAUUCACUGUAGCCAAAAACAUGCUCACUGGUCCCAUUUCGCAGUCUAUUGGAAACUUAGGAAACUUGACUUUGCUCUAUCUCUACAAUAAUUUUCUGUCUGGACCUAUUCCUGAAGAGAUUGGAAAUCUCACAUCUCUUGAGGAUCUUGCACUUGAUAAUAACAAGCUCACCGGUAAUAUUCCCAAUUCCAUUGCUAAUUUGAAAAAGUUAACUUCUUUAUCCCUUCUUGGAAACAAUCUUACAGGACAUAUUCCAUCCUCCAUUGGAAAUUUAACCAAUCUCAUUGAAUUGCUACUUUAUGAAAACUACUUAGAGGGGACCAUCCCUCCUGAAUUGGGAAAGUUGAAGUUGCUAGUUGACAUUUUUCUUUUCAGAAACCAACUAAGCGGUGUUCUUCCAGAUGUUUUUACUAAUCUCACCCGUUUAAAAAUGCUAGAACUAUCUCAAAACCGUCUUACUGGUCAUUUACCACAAAGUCUUUGCAGUGGUGGCUCACUAACAUGGUUAGUGAUAUAUGAGAAUGACUUUGUGGGUGCCAUGCCUAGAAGCCUAAAAAACUGCUCUAGCUUACAAGCUAUCGAUGUCCAAAGAAACCAACUAUCAGGAAACAUAACUGAAGAUUUUGGUGAUUACCAACAUGUGGACCAUAUUGAUUUAAGCGAUAAUUUGUUUUAUGGCACACUGUCUUGGAAUUGGAGCGCCUUUCUGAAUUUGACAAAGCUGAAGAUUUCCAACAAUAAUCUUACUGGCAGAAUACCAACAGGGCUUGGCGAAGUAUCUCUCCUGCAACAACUUCACCUUUGUUCUAAUCGCUUACAUGGGAAAAUUCCAAGAAGUCUGGGGAAAUUGAAUUUGUUGCUUGAGCUUAAGCUGGACAACAACCAUCUAUCAGGCAAUAUACCAUCAGAAAUUGGUCAGAUGUCUAGACUUUUAAAUCUAAGUUUGUCGGCCAAUAACCUUAGUGGCUCUAUUCCAGAAAAAUUAGGCCAUUGCACACAGCUAUUGGAACUGAAUUUGAGCCACAAUGCACUCAUUGAAGGCAUACCUUCUCAAAUAGGAAUUCUUCCCUCGCUAGAAACUCUUGAUCUCAGCCAAAACAUGUUGGAAUCCAAAUUGCCACCAGAGCUAGGCGAUUUGAAAAGCAUUGAGAAGAUUAAUCUUUCACAUAAUAGGAUAACAGGAACCAUCCCCUCCAGCUUUGAUCAUUGCUUCAGUCUGAUAUCUAUUGAUAUAUCCUACAAUCAAUUGGAAGGUCCUCUUCCCAACAUUACUGCAUUUCAAAAAGCUCCAUUUGAUGCCCUGAGAAACAAUAAAGGUUUAUGUGGCAGAGUUGUCGGAUUGAAGCCUUGCCCUCAAUCAACUCAAAAGGAAACCAGUAGAAGGACAAGUAAAAGGAUUAUUUUCCUAAUUGUGCUUCCACUAUUAGGAACCAUGUUUCUUUUGACAGUGGUUGUGGGCAUUUUAAUCAUUUCACGGUCACAUCCGAGACAUGUGGAGAAUAAACCUGUGGAAUUAACAGGAAAUUUGUUCACUAUCUGGAGCUUUGAUGGGAAAAUGGUCUAUGAAAACAUCAUUGAUGCAACAGAAAAUUUUGACCCCAAGUAUUGCAUCGGAGUGGGAGGAUGUGGAAGUGUUUUUAGAGCAGAGUUGCCAAAUGGUCAAGUUGUUGCUGUCAAGAAACUUCAUGCAACAGAUGGUGGUACCUUGAGGAGGUUGAAAGAUUUCACCAAUGAGAUCCGUGCACUAACAAAUGCACGGCAUCGAAACAUCGUGAGGCUGUACGGAUUCUGUACACAUAUAGAACAUACUUUCUUGGUAUAUGAAUUCUUGGAAGGGGGAAGCUUGAUGCACCUGUUGAGCAAUGAUGAAACAGCGUCCAAGUUUGACUGGAGCAAGAGGGCAAACAUGGUAAAAGAUAUGGCAAAUGCAUUUUCCUAUAUGCAUCAAUAUUGUUCUCCUUCAAUAGUUCAUAGAGAUAUAUCUAGCAAAAACAUUUUGUUAGAUUCCGAGUAUCAAGCUCGCAUCUCUGACUUUGGCACAGCAAGGCUCAUCAGGCCUGAUUCAUCUAAUUGGACUACAUUUGCUGGAACUUAUGGAUAUGCUGCUCCAGAACUUGCUUAUACAAUGGAAGUAAAUGAAAAAUGUGAUGUUUAUAGUUUUGGUGUAUUGGCUUUAGAAGUGAUCAUGGGCAAGCAUCCCGGUGAUUUCAUAUCGUCAAUAUUGUCAGCACCAUCCUCUACUUCAACAGCACAUAGUGUGUUGCUCAAAGAUAUUGCAGAUCCUCGUCUUUCUUCUCCAAGUAAGCAAGAAUCAAACAUAGUGGUGUUGGUGGCAAAGCUGGCAUUGUCAUGUAUAGAUCCCAAUCCUCAGUUGAGGCCGACCAUGAAACAAGUGUCCGACCAACUAUCGAAAGAAAUUCCAACUCAAUUCAACAUAUUUCCAAUGGUUACAAUUGGACAACUUCUUGAUCUGGAAACCACAAAUUUUAGAGCUUCUCUUGAGCCAGGCUCCGGAGUUGGAGUACUAAAGAAAGCAUCUGGACUACCUGGUCCGCGGUAG